AUUAUUUACGAGGCAAUGCAGACUGUUUUGCUAACAUUACUAAGCCUGACUUUCUCAUUUUCUCAUUCUUCAGUUCUACGUACCAAGAAUGGAAAGGACAAGCUUUUUGCACAGGAAUUCCUCAAAAGAUUCUAUAACUUGAAUACAGCAAAAGUAACUUUUGAUAAAGAUGCAUUUAGUGGUGUAACUGAGGCCAUUAUAAAAAUGCAAGCAUUUUAUGGACUCACCAUUACUGGUGAACUGAACUCAGAAACCUUGGAAGCAAUGAAGAAGCCAAGAUGUGGAGUCCCUGAUGUUAGUCCAUAUAGUCAUUUUCCAUCAAAGUCUAAAUGGCCAAGAAACAACGUAACUUACAGGAUCAUUAAUUACACACCAGACCUGUCUGCUGCAGAUGUUGAUGAACAAAUACAAAAGGCCUUCAAAAUUUGGAGUGAUGUGACUCCUCUGAAGAUGACUAAGAUUAAUGACGACACAGCUGACAUAACCAUCUCUUUUGGCUCUAAAGAUCAUGGUGAUUUCUAUCCUUUUGAUGGACGUCAUGGAACUUUAGCUCAUGCUUUUUCUCCAGGUGAUGGUAUUGGAGGUGACACCCACUUUGAUGAAGAUGAGACUUGGACAAAAGAUUCAAAUGACUACAACCUGUUUAUUGUAGCUGCCCAUGAGUUUGGCCAUGCAUUGGGGCUUUCCCAUUCUGAUGAUACCUCUGCUUUGAUGUAUCCAACAUAUUCAUUCGUUAACACAGAAAAGUAUAAACUCCCUCAAGAUGAUGUUGAAGGCAUCCAGAGUCUCUAUGGUCCUGCAAUAAAUGGCAACCCAAGAGAUCCAAGACCGGAACAACCAAAUUCAAAAACAUUCUGUAAAUCAAAUGUAACUUUUGAUGCUGCUGCUAAUUUGCGUGGUGUGUUGCUGUUCUUCAAGGGCAGAUCCGUAUGGUUGAUACAUCCUGAGAAAAAGCAACCAGAGUCAACAACAUUGCAGUCAAUGUGGCCAACUCUUCCAUCCAGGCUCGAUGCUGCUUGUGACAUUGCGGAGACUGAUGAACUCUAUCUUUUUAAAGGAUAUUAA